AUGGGCAGCUCAGCUGCAAAGCAAGACCUGUGCCAGGCGGUGCAGCGGGGCGAUCUGGCAGCCUGCCAGCGCCUGCUCGGUGCCCUCCCUCAAGGUGAGACUUCCGAGGCCUCCGUGCCAAAGGUCCUUGACGGGUUGUCCUCAUCUGGCUUGGCCGCACUGCACGUCGCCGCCGGUAACGGGCACAUUGACAUCGUGCGCUUUCUGCUGGACCUGCGUGCGGAUGUCAACGUACGGGACUCCAAGCAGCGGACGCCCCUCCACUGUGCCUCCCGCGCCCUCUUGGCGCCGAAUUGCACGGCCUGCGUGCAAGAGCUGCUGCGACAACGUGCAGACCCCUUUUCUUCCACAGAGCUCGGGAGCACAGCCCUGGACGUGGCACGUGGUGCGCGCUGCAGCGGCUGCGUCCGUGCACUGGAGGGGUCCGCGGCCCUGUGGCAAGGCCCUGUGGACGCGUACCAGCCCAAAUUGCUGGUCAUCCCCACCUGGGCCUCGAAAUGGCUUGUGGUUCUCCGCGAUCGCCGACACAACACUGGCCCCAGCUUCAUCGCCAGGGGCAGCGUUCACAACGCCUUCAAGCAGGCCCAGACUCUGGUGAGAGACCACAUCUCUGGACCUUCUUUCUCACACGCUUGUCCACGGUGUGGCAAAUCAAACGCUGUUCCCGACUUUGUGGAGAGCUUCCCCUGCCGUCACUGUGAAACCCUCCUUGCCGUGCCCACGAGCUUGCAAUUGGCUGUCUACGACUGCUACCAGGGCGUUCCCGACGCCGUGCCGACGGCGGUGCUGUCCUUGCCGCAGGACCCCAGGUGCAUCUCCGUGAAGCCACUGGAAGAUUCGGCCUGGAGCACCCGAGGCGGCUGGCUGCAGGGCGCGCUCGGAGGUCUGGGCCUCGCCUCGUCUCGCCCCUUCGGCCUCUCCGUGUCAGUGCAGGACCGAGACCGCGAAGUCGGCUUGGCAGUGCGGUUCUCCACGGCGGAAGAGAGCACGCUGGUGAAGCGGGUCUUGCUGAACCCACUUCUAAGUUCCAGGGCAUUGGUGUUGAAAGAAGCCUACGACGCUCUCUUGGCGGGAAACACCGCGGCUCUGGCUGAAGAGGCUUUCCCGGACCUGCCGCCUCCGUCUGCGCCGCCCGCAGAAGACCUGACGUUGCUGACCGAAGGGCCGCAAGCGGCAGCGCAGGCCGUGCACUCCGCGCAGGGCGAGGACCCCGCCGUCGAUCCCGGUCCAGUGCAGGAGGAUGGUGCCUGUGUUGUCUGCUUGGAGAGGCCUGCGGACACGGCAGUGGUGCCAUGCGGUCACCUUUGUCUGUGCCAGAGAUGCGCCGAUGCCAUGAGGGGCCAGACCACGCUGUGUCCAAUGUGCCGGAAUGAAGCCUCCUCGACCGUGCGCAUCUAUCGCUCCUGA